GGCGGGACCGCGAUUGGUCCGGAUGUGUGGUGCCACUGGCCGCCGGCUCCGCCCUAGCUCCCUCCUCGCUGCUGGCUUCCCCUUCAGGGCCUGAGGCUGUCCGACUUUGAGGAUGUCAAUUUCUUUAGUCUUUGAGGACCCCCUUCUUGCGUAACCAAAAUUAGCACCCUGGGGCAGGCGGGUGUUCAGAGUGGGAGGGGAAAAAUGGAGCCCCACCGGAAGCAGCGCAGAAGGAAGGGGGAGCAACGCAGUUUGACACAGGGAGUCGCCUUCAUCACACUUUAUGAGACAUCCAGAGGAAAGACCAACUCAGGAUCCCUUUGUGGCGUUCCACAUGAACCAGGGCCUUGUGAGGAAGUAUAUGAGCUCUCUCCUGAUUGGAGAACUGUCUCCGGAGCAGCCCAGCUUUGAACCGACUAAGAAUAAAGAGCUGACUGAUGAGUUCCGGGAGCUUCAGGCCACGGUGGAGCAGAUGGGGCUCAUGAAGCCCAACCAUGUCUUCUUCUUAAUGCACCUGCUGCACAUCCUGCUGCUGGACGUCACUGCCUGGCUCGUUCUUUGGCUCUUCGGGACGUCCUUCGUGCCCUUCGUCCUCUGUGCGGUGCUGCUCAGCACAGUUCAGGCCCAGGCUGGCUGGCUGCAGCAUGACUUGGGACACCUGUCCGUCUUCAGCACCUCUACGUGGAACCACCUGGUACAUCAUUUUGUGAUUGGCCACCUGAAGGGGGCCCCUGCCAGUUGGUGGAACCACCUGCACUUCCAGCACCAUGCCAAGCCCAACUGCUUCUGCAAAGACCCAGACAUCAGCAUGCACCCCUUCUUCUUUGCCUUGGGGAAGAUCCUCUCUGUGGAGCUUGGGAAACAGAAGAAAAAGUACAUGCCAUACAACCACCAGCACAAAUACUUCUUCUUGAUUGGGCCCCCAGCCUUGCUGCCUGCCUACUUCCAGUGGUAUAUUUUCUAUUUUGUUAUCAAGAGGAAGAAGUGGGUGGACUUGGCCUGGAUGACGUCCUUCUAUGUGCGCAUCUUCCUCACUUAUGUGCCACUGUUGGGGCUGAAGGGCUCCCUGGGCCUCCUCUUCCUGGUCAGGUUCCUAGAAAGCAACUGGUUCGUGUGGGUGACACAGAUGAACCACAUCCCCAUGCACAUUGACCACGACCGGAACGUGGACUGGUUCUCCAUGCAGGUCCGGGCAACGUGCAACGUCCACAAGUCGGCCUUCAAUGAUUGGUUCAGUGGCCACCUCAACUUCCAGAUUGAGCACCAUCUUUUCCCCAGGAUGCCUCGACACAAUUACCACAAAGUGGCUCCCCUGGUGCAGUCCCUGUGUGCCAAGCAUGGUAUAGAGUACCAGUCCAAGCCCCUGCUCUCGGCCUUCGCCGACAUUGUCCACUCACUGAAGGAGUCCGGGCAACUCUGGCUGGAUGCCUAUCUUCACCAGUAACAGCAGCCUCCCAUCUGGAAGAAGAGCCUUGGAGCCAAAACAGAGUGGGGCUUGGGGACAAUGCCACUACCAUCCUAGUAUUCAGAGGGGAUGGGUUUGAGAUGAAGGCUGUGACUCAAACCCCUCCCCUUUAUCUUCCAGGCACGGAUCUAAGACCCAAACAGGGGGGGGGAAAACAGGCAAGCGCCCCCCGGAAGAGAUGUGAGAGGUCUCCUUUUCCGCUGGGCAGAUGCAGAUGGUCUGGUCUGUGAGCAAAGAGGGAGUCAGGAGGGUGUUAGAAUAGGGAGGGUCCACUGAGCCCAGAAAUCAGCAAGAUGAUGGUUGUUUUCCUUUUGGCCGCACUCGCGGCAUAUGGAAGGUCCUGGGCCAGGGAUCGAAUCUGAGCCACAGUAACGCUGACUUCUUAACCCACUGUGCCACAGCGGGAACUCCCAGGAAGCGAUUUAGCACUAAAAUUCCACUCAGGAAAGGGGGGGCUCAUCCCUUUUGUCCACUUCUCAAUGCCUUCUCCGCCCUCAGUCACAAACUUCGGAGGUUUGCAGGCUGGACGAAGACAGCAGCUGAACCUUCUGAGCAAGAUUUACAAAGGAAGCAUUAGGGCUUAGAAUUCAAGGCCUGGCUCAGUCGAGCUAGGUGCGACUCCUGCCUGCCUCAGGGUCCUGGAGAAGCAGUUUUCCCACUUUCAGAAGCAAGAAAGGCAAAGGCUAGGGCUGCAGUAGUGGAGACACCUGGCCCUGAAGGAUCCCGGUGCCACUGGAUCUGGUCUCAGGCUCCACCCCAUGUACCACGGGAGCAGGAGGUCCCAGGUCUCGCCAAAACAGCCAGCAGAGUCCUGGCCAUUAAAAAUCCUUUCCGCUUUUGA